AUGGGAGAUAUAGUUACAUCCAUAAGCAAGUUGGAUUCCCAUGGUAAACUCCCUUCUAAAACUGAAAAGAACCCAAAUGUCAAUGUGGUGAACUUGAGAAGUAGAAAACAAACAAGGGAAAGUAGUCCAAAGAAGAAGCCAAGGGAUGAAGAGGAAGAAAUAGAAGUCAUUCCCAUUGAAGAAUCUAUAGUCAAGAAUGAUGCACAAGCCGGAGUCCUAAUGAAGACAACCCCUCUAGUGACUCCAAUAGCCACUCAACCGCCAUUCCCCUCCCGACUUGCAACUUCAAAGAAGAACAAGGAGGAGAAAGAGAUUUUGGACACCUUCCGUAAGGUGGAAGAAAACAUUCCUUUGCUUGAUGUAAUCAAACAAAUUCCUAGAUAUGCAAAUUUUUUGAAAGAACUUUGUACCAACAAAAGAAAGUUGAAAGGAAAUGAGAAAAUCUCAAUGAACAAAAAUGCAUACACGGUUUUAAAAAGGAAGCUUCCACCUAAGUGUAAAGAUUUGGGAAUGUUUACGUUUCCUUGCAAGAUAGGAAAUGUCACUUUUAGUAGUGCCAUGCCUGACCUUGGUGCUUCUAUUAAUGUCAUUCCCUAUUCGGUGUAUGAAUCAUUGAAUGUUCGGUAUAAAUCAAGUGUCUUUCCUAGAGGUGUUUUGGAAGAUGUCCUAGUGCAAGUAAACCAAUUGGUCUUCCUGGCGGAUUUCUAUGUGACUGAUCUAGAUGAGCAAGUGUCCUCAAAGUCGGGUAUAAUUUUACUUGGGAGACCAUUUUUUAAGACGGCUAGAACAAAGAUUGAUGUGUAUGCGGGAAGCUUAACAAUGGAGUUUGAUGGUGAAACAAUAAGUUUUAACAUUUAUGAUGCUAUGAGAUAUCCUAGUGAUGUUUCAUCCUUAUAUUUUGUUGAUGUUGUUGAACCAUUAACCCAAGAGUUGUUCGAGUUGUCUAAUGGUGACAUGUUGCAGAUGGUUUUGAGCAAAGGGUUUGAUUAUGGAAAAUUAGCCAAGAAGUUGAAGCUCUACUCACUAGACCCCGAAGUUGAAAGAUUGGUUAACAAUUUAGAAAUCAAGAAAACCACUCAAUUUAGUGUGAAGCAAAUUGAAUUAUCUCAAACUCACACGAGAUUGCCACCCGCCCUUGUUCAACCACCAGAAUUAGAAUUGAAGGUCCUUCCUCAACAUUUAAAGUAUGCGUACUUGGGAAACAACGAGACUCUUCUGGUCAUCAUUUCAACUCACUUAACCGAAUGUGAAGAAGAGCAACUCCCAAGGUGUCGAAGGAGCAUAAAGAAGCCAUGGGUUGGACAAUUGCGGAUAUCAAGGGGUUGA